AUGUCCAGAAUGCCGAUCAAGUCAAUCAAGGCCCGUCAAAUCUUCGACUCCCGUGGCAACCCCACUGUGGAGGUUGAUCUGGUGACAGAGCUAGGCCUUUUCCGUGCGGCUGUACCAUCUGGUGCAUCUACUGGUGUCCAUGAGGCUUUGGAGCUCAGAGACAAUGUGAAGGGAGAGUACCAUGGCAAGGGUGUCCUCACUGCCAUCAAGAACAUCAAUGACAUCAUUGCUCCUGAGCUUCUUAAACAAAACCUUGAGGUCACACAGCAGAAGGAGAUUGACGACUUUAUGCUGAAGUUGGAUGGCACUGAAAAUAAGUCAAAGUUGGGUGCCAAUGCCAUCCUUGGUGUAUCUUUGGCAGUUGCCAAGGCUGGUGCUGCAAAGAAGGGAGUGCCCCUAUACAAACACUUGGCUGACUUAGCUGGAAAUGCUGAUAUUGUACUUCCAGUACCAGCAUUCAAUGUCAUCAACGGAGGCUCCCAUGCCGGCAACAAGCUCGCUAUGCAGGAGUUCAUGAUCUUACCCACAGGUGCUUCCUCAUUCAGUGAGGCAAUGCGUAUGGGAUCAGAAGUGUACCACUUCCUGAAAAAGAUCAUCAAGGAAAAGUUUGGUCUUGACUCCACUGCUGUGGGUGAUGAAGGUGGAUUUGCUCCCAACAUCCAGAACAACAAAGAUGCUCUUUUCCUGAUCCAGGAUGCCAUCCAGCAGGCUGGUUACACUGGCAAGAUUGAAAUUGGAAUGGAUGUAGCUGCCUCUGAAUUCUUCAAGAAUGGCACCUAUGACCUUGACUUCAAGAACCCUAAGUCCAACCCUGCUGACUACCUGUCAUCUGAGAAGUUAGCCGAGGUGUACCUUGACUUCAUCAAAGACUUCCCCAUGGUGUCCAUUGAGGAUCCCUUCGACCAAGAUGACUGGGCGGCAUGGAGUAGCCUCACUUCCCGCACACCCAUCCAAAUUGUUGGAGAUGAUCUUACUGUAACAAACCCUAAGCGUAUUGCUACCGCCGUUGAGAAGAAAGCUUGCAACUGCUUGCUCUUGAAGGUAAACCAAAUUGGCAGUGUCACUGAAUCCAUUGAUGCUCACUUGCUGGCCAAGAAAAAUGGAUGGGGCACCAUGGUUUCCCAUAGGUCUGGAGAGACUGAAGACACUUUCAUUGCUGAUCUCGUAGUCGGUCUAUCUACCGGUCAGAUCAAGACUGGUGCACCCUGCCGCUCUGAACGUCUUGCCAAGUACAAUCAGAUCCUCCGCAUUGAAGAGGAACUCGGCGCCGCUGCCAAAUACGCUGGCAAGAACUUCCGCAGGCCUGUUUAA